GCGCCUGUGCCAAUAUUACUACGUUGGAUUUAUAAGACAUCAUGUUCUAGUCCUUUUGAUCGUCGUCGUCGUCCACAGUACUGUCGCUCUUUUCUCCCGUCACUCUCAUGCGGCGGCUUGCUUCUGUCUUCAUUUCACGGAGUGACAGACCAGAUGCACCUUCGACUGUCUCGAACGAAGGCUCGCAGCCCCGACAACCUAAGGGGCCCAGUGUACUCGCCUCCCUAGCGAGAAGAGCGACUCAAACCUCCAUACCAUCGCUUCUCCCUAGCAGUCUCACCAAUUCAUCUUCAUCCUCGUCCAGUGGGUCCACUGCCCUCCAAACGCCCAUCGAUGAAAGCUUGCCACGUAAGUCGAGCAAGAAAGGCAGCUGGACAUCCUGGAUAGCAUCUAAGAAGCAGGCUCGCAGAGAGGCAUGGUCUUCAUGUGCCCCACCAUUUGCAGCCCUCUCUCCACCCAAUGUCGAUCUCGGUAAUGAGACUCUGGAUGCCCGCUCUUCCCCGUCUGACGAUGGCUCUGAUCACUCGGAGAGCCAGUCGUCACAAAUGGUGGUGCGAACGCGAGCAAACACCCGUAUCAUCCUUUGGAACAGUCUCGUUCACCGUUUGGACUCACCGCCGCUACUUGACUUACCUGAAUCCGCCGCAUUCCCUCGUUCAUGCAAUCCCUGUCGGAGUCUUCGUCGUAAGGAGACCUUGGAAUCCAAGGUGCACAAAAAUGCACUAUUGUCGCGCCUGGACAAAUUAUCUCCAUCAGAAUUGUCUUCGAUAAUGGCGUGGUCUACCAGUGUCGUGGUAACCAAAAAGCCUUCUCGUGAUCCUUUACAUGAUUUCUUCCCUGAGGCUAGGGCAAUAGCACGACAUUCCGAAGGUCUUCGCACUUGGGUCUCUCGGCCUUACUACGAGGAAAGAGUUUAUGUUUGGACCCAAGAAGAAAAAGGCGAAAUCACUUGUUCUCGUGUUACAGGGCCGCAGCUUGGCGUUGCGGCUUUGGAGUAUUCCGAGGUACUGGACAUCCUUUCCGGGCCAUUAUCGGAACCCCCAGAUGAGCCAUCAGACGGUGCCAUCUUCAAUACCACCGCUGAAUUGCUGUCGCUCCCUUGUAUCCCUGGCCUCGACUCUCCCGCCGUACAAACUUCGCCUCUAAAGCCUUCAUCACGUUCCGUGGAAUUGUUCCCUCCCUCCACCAUGACUUCCACAUCACCGUCGGCUUUGCUAAUAUCGAAGACGAUAAAGUCUGAAACAAAAACAAACCCUAGCGGCCUAGUUCCUAAAAAGGGGGUCCGAUUUGCAGAGGAUGACAGCAAGGAUGACAAAAUUCCGCUGGGAUACAUGCUUCGUGUUAGGAAGAACAAAGAACAGAAAGCAAAGUUUCUUCGUCACGAACGCGAACGCAGGGCGAUAGUUGAAGCCGAAGUAGCCUCGCAAGAAGAGGAACGAGCCCGGAGAGAAAUCGGAAAGUUGGAAAUGGACAAAUUGCGCCGGGCGAGGGAACAAGAAAGGAAACAGUUGGAGGCACAGGAGAGACAGCGAAAUUAUUUGGAGGAAGUCCAAGCUACCAGAAUCAGGCGUGAGGCUGCUCGUGCCGGACAAGCACGGAUCCCGCCUACGGCUUCCUACACCCGACCCCUCGAACGCGACUGGUCGGAGUCUCGGAACCCUGCGCGUCCUCCAAUGCGCAGAGACGGCUCUUCUCGUGGCUCGGAACCCGUACCGGUGAUGAAUUUACCUUCCUAUGACGCUUCUCCGGCGAGUUCAUUGCCACCCACUCCCGGGAGCCAGCGCAGUUUCUCUCGGCCUCCCUCCGUUUAUUCCGCUCACACGGCAUCAUCAGAAGAUGUGCGAAACCGGGAAGCCAGACGUAUCAGCAGACGAAGUUCAACUGUAUCCGACUCUUCAAAGCACGCGGCAUUUCAGGUGCCAUAUAAUUACGGAGCUUCGCUCAUGGCCUUUAAUCCCUCUUGGGGAAUGAUCCCUCCUGUCCCCCCUGUAUCUGCAAUCCCUCCUGUGCCCGCUAUUCCACCUUUCAAUACUACACCGUUCUACGGGAUGGAGAUGCCUUUACUACCCCCAACUGCUCCGUUCAUGGUGGACCAGUAUCGUUCUCGCUCUCCUGGGUCACGCAGCUCGUCAUCAACCCGUGACCCGCCACGGCACCAGCUUAGUCAGACUGUGCACUCUGAUGGGGCGUCGUCCAGUAGAUUCUCGAUUCACGGAACUAAGUCGAAUUCUCCCCACAGGCGCUCUACUGAUGGACUCUCACCGGUUACCGCCAGUGGGAAGUCACCAUUGGAAUGCAGCACUUACAGCCAAUACGAUCUUCGCAGUUCCCCAUCGUAUCCCAACUCUUCUCGAGCUGACUUGCGCCACCAACCUGGUACUUACCCGGAGCCUCGGGCGAGUUCUCCAAGGCAUGCAUCAAUAUCUCCAUCUCACGCUUCCCAAUCGCAACGACGGAUCGUCAUUUCAUAACUACUCUCAUGUAACCUUACAUGACAUUGCAUUCACGCUCUUUUUAAUAUUGUUACACUGGAUACCCCCACUCCCUCUUGCAUUGGAUCUAUCCAUUCAAGUAUUCGUUUCGUUUCUCGGGCAUUAUGCUUCUGAUAUAUGGAGAUUCUUACCUUACUCACACGUACCUUCAUUCGGACUUCGAGGAACAAUGUGCGAACUAGCGUUUCUUCCUGUUACAACAGCAUGGAUUGUGUGUGGAGCUUGAUAAAUAGACGUCCGGCACUCUCUGCUA